AUGGCGAGUCUAGGGUUACGGCUAAAGGCGGCGACGUGGGCGUUGAGGAGCGGAGCAGCAGGAGCAGCUACUGUUUCUCGGCGUUGUUCGUGGGAAAUGGGGAAAGGAUUUCGUGGAUUCUCUUCCGAACCAGAGAGCGACGUUCCAACUUCAGGAAUCAGCAGACCUCUCUCUGAGAUUCUCAAGGAGCUUAACAAGAAGGUUCCGGAUACCGUCAUCAAAACCCGUGUCGAAGAUGGAUGCUCCAUCAAAUACAUCCCUUGGCACAUUGUGAAUCGGAUCAUGAAUCUGCAUGCUCCAGAAUGGUCAGGAGAAGUUCGAAGUGUCAAUUACUCUCCUAAUGGUGAAACCGUCACUGUUGUUUAUCGUGUGACUCUCUACGGCACUGACGCUGAGAUAUUUAGGGAAUCAACAGGCACCACUUCGGUAGAUGACAAAGGCUAUGGUGAUGCUGUGCAAAAGGCUGAAGCAAUGGCAUUUCGUCGCGCCUGUGCAAGACUUGGAUUAGGACUUCACCUUUACCACGAGGAUGCUCUGUGA